AAUACGAUCCAUAGCCGAACCAAGGUCAUUCUUACAUACGAUUGACAGGCUGUACGGUGGCAUGCGUGCGUCCAUUCAGAGACGCCAUCGCAACAACGCCCUCGACUCCAGCAUGACGAUAGGUAGCCCGCCCUGAUGACUUUGGCUUUCAUCAUAAGGCUUCUCUGCCUGCCCAAGUCAAUUUUACCAGCCGCCGCGCUAACAACCAACCCAUCAGCCCAAUCCAGCAAUCGGGAAGUUUUUCCCCAAUCGUGUUUUACCCUGGUCCUCGGCGCGUCUCUCUCCCUCUCUCUCUACCUACCUAGGUGGGUACCUAGGUAUUGUUAUUGUCAGCUAAUUAGUUGGCUUUCGGAGCGACUUCAUGGCUAUAAUCUUAAUCCACGUCACUCAUCGAUGUACCGCAUCAGAUCUCUUGGGCGAGGACAACAUCAUGAACGUCAUGGAACACAGUAGACAUCGUCGCGGAUUUUCAUUGAAUGCUGACCGCGACGAUGGCACGUAUUAUAAAUAGUAACAGGCUCGCUAAGUAUCCCCCAUGUUCGAAUGCGCGACUAGGUGCGGCGUGGUUCUUCAGACAGGCAGAGCUUUCU